AUGGCCGAACUGGCGGCGGCAGGCGAGGGGCCGCCGCGGGGCCGCACGCCCAGUCCAGGCCCCGGGGGGGCGCCGGGGCCGCCCAGCCCCCGAGCGGCCGGAGCGGCGGCGGGAGCCGGCGGGACGUUGUCUCCGCCCGGCGCGGCCCGGCCGCCCGCUGCCUCCAAAUGGGUCCGUCUGAACGUGGGCGGAACGUACUUCGUGAGCACUCGGCAGACGCUGUGCCGGGAACCCAAGUCCUUCUUGUGCCGCCUCUGCUGCCAGGACGGGCCCGAGCUCGGCUCCGACAAGGAUGAGACUGGGGCAUAUCUCAUUGACAGAGACCCCACCUAUUUUGGUCCAAUACUGAACUACCUCCGACAUGGGAAGCUCAUCAUAAACAAGGAGCUUGCAGAAGAAGGGGUACUGGAAGAGGCUGAGUUCUACAACAUCGCAUCCCUGGUGCGGCUGGUGAAGGAGCGGAUACGAGACAACGAGAACAGAACCUCUCAAGGACCUGUGAAGCAUGUGUACAGAGUCCUGCAGUGCCAAGAGGAGGAGCUCACACAGAUGGUGUCCACGAUGUCUGACGGGUGGAAAUUCGAACAGCUGAUCAGCAUUGGAUCUUCCUAUAACUAUGGAAAUGAAGACCAGGCAGAAUUCCUCUGUGUCGUGUCCAGGGAGCUCAACAAUUCUACCAACGGCAUUGUCAAGGAGCCAAGUGAAAAGGCAAAGAUUCUCCAGGAGCGAGGGUCCCGGAUGUGACUCCAGCGUCCCCCGCGCAGGCUGCCAGCGGUCGGCGGGGUGGCACCACCUUGUCCUUGUACAGUAACCGAGCUAAGCAAAGCCAAGCCUGUCCUGCCAGUGGGGAAUAAUUCUGGUCAUAACCAAAGGCUUCCCUCCUACCCUGGAAACCCAAGGAAGGAAAAGACUCUUCCAGUUGGAUGGUCCUUUCCACGAGUGUUUUCUUUUCUUGGCCAGCGCUGUAUCGAAUCUUUCCAGCAAUGGCUGGGCUGGAUUCCCAGUCAGAGCCUUUGCGAAGGUUGCUCAGGUCCACAGGCCCUUGUUGUUAUCUGUCCCACCUUCCACAGGCUGGCACGGGUGGGAAGAUCCAUAUUUGAGCUGUGCCAUUUCUUGCACCCAGGUCUGCCACCAGAAAA